CAUCAACUGUCACCAUCGACGGUUUAAGAGGUAAUUUAAAAACUUAUGAAUCUACUAUACUUAACCCGUCUUUGAAUGACCAGAGAAAAGGCAUAGCAUUAAAAGCCUCCAAAGAACCGACAAUGAAUGACUCAAGCGACGAAGAUGAAGUCAAGCUAAUCAUGAAGAAGUUUUGCAAACUUCUAAAGAAAGAGAAGGUUGAGGAUGGCCCUGUGUGCUAUGGAUGUGGUGAAGCCGGGCACAUCAAGAAUAAAUGCCCAAGAAGCGGAAGGAAUGCUCGUCACUUCAAAAAGCAAAGAGCAUACAUCUCUUGGGGUGGCGACUCCGGCGAUGAGUCAAGCGAACAAGAGGAAGACGAGGAAGCAAACCUUUGUCUCAUAGCUCAAGAAGAAGAGGAGUCCGCCAACAACGAAAACCAAGAGAUUGAUGAACCUAAAAAUAAAGAAAAAGUUGAGCACAACCGUAAACCACCUAGAGCUUAACCUAAGAAAGAUAAAAAUAACAAUAAUAGACAACCUAGACAAAAGGUUAGUCAUGAACACGAGCACUCUAGGAAACCUAGGAGGAAUUAUCAAAAUGAUUUUAUGGACACAAAUAAUUUUUCAAAUAGACAAAAUAAUGCUAGAACACCUAG